AUGACUUUAAGGGAACGAACAAGGAGACAGCCCCUCACAGAAAGGGGCAGCCGCGUGACCGACCUGCCCUCAUCUCCUAGUUGGGCCUUUGGUAUAGAGCGUUCUGAGCCCGAGGGCGCAGCCGGAACGGAGAGAGAACACAGCUGUCAUGGAAACUUCCCAUAUCUUUGCGGGAACAUUAAUGAUGUGAUAGUGAGUCCUCUGCUGUAUACCUGUUACAGAAAUUCACAGUCUUUAUCUAGAGCAUAUGAACAAUAUGGUGCCCCGACAAUACAACCUAUUUCAGAAGAGAUGCAGCUCUUGUUGACUGUCUACUACCUUGUUCAGCUAGCUUCAGACCAAGUUCCUCUUAUUGAGGAUUUAGAACAAAUAUUCAUGCGUUCUUGGCGAGAAUCACACCUAUCCGAAAUCCGUCAGUACCAACAGAUGAUUCCACAGACCUUUCCUCAAGUGCCCAGCCAGAUCGCCCCAGUGACCUCGGCCCAGCUCCCCUGGCUGGCAGGGCUGGCAGCCAGCUCCUGUAAUGACAGUGUCCACAUCAUUGAAUGCAGCUAUUCUCUGGCUGAAGGGCUUUCAGAAAUGUUUAAGCUGCUCAUCGAAGGAAAAUUAAUAAAGACAAACUACGUGGUGAUCAUCUGUGCUAGCAGAAAUCGAGCCAUUGAUUCCUGCAUUGUGAUAACAGGAAAGUAUCAGGCAAGAGUUCUGUCUGAGGGCAUGCUCACUCCUUCAGACUACCAAAAAGAAGUAAACUAUCAGCUGGUCACAGGCAAAGUGGAAUCUCUGGGGUCCUUCUUCAGCACCCUCUGCCCAGAGGGUGACAUCGAUCUUUUGCUGGAGAAAUUUUAUCAGGAAAACCAAGGGCACAUCUCUUCAUCACUGUCUGCUUCAGCGAAUAAAUCAACAGCACUGAACGGAACAGGAGCAGCUGUGUGUACAAGUUAUGAGAUUGAACGACAUCAGAUUCGACCAUUCCAGCUGGCAGUAGCUCAGAAACUGCUGUCUCAUAUUUGCUCAAUUGCUGACUCCAGCACUCAAAAUCUUGAUUUGGGUUCCUUUGAGAAAAUUGAUUUCUUGAUUUGUGUUCCACCUUCAGAAGUGACUUAUCAGCAGACUUUGUUUCAUCUCUGGCAUUCAGGUAUUUUAUUAGAACUUGGGUUGGAGAAGCAGCAUCUUACAAAGCAGAAGGUGGAACAGUAUGUUCUGAAAUUAGAUGCAGAAGCCCAGAUUAAGUUCAAAGUCUUUCUGCAAAACUCUAUGCAGAAUCCACACACACUAUUUGUCCUAAUCCAUGAUCAUGCACACUGGGAUCUAAUGAGUGCUAUGCAUAGCCUUUAUCCUCAGGCAGAACUGUCUACGGGACUUGUUGAUAGACUGCUGAACUGCAGGGAGGUGAAAGAGGCGCCCAACAUUGUGACACUCCAUGUGACUUCCUUUCCUUAUGCGCUACAGACACAGCACACUCACAUCAGCCCUUACAAUGAGAUCCACUGGCCUUCUUCAUACAGCAAUGGUGUAGAUUUAUAUCAUGAAAACAAGAAAUACUUUGGACUGUCAGAAUUCAUUGAAUCCACUCUGUCUGGACAUAGUAUCCCACUGCUUCGGUAUGACAGCUCUUUUGAAGCAAUGGUCAUGGCUCUGGGAAAGAGGUUUCCCAGAUUACACAGUGCAGUGAUAAGGACUUUUGUCCUCAUACAACACUACUCUGCAGCUAUGAUGGCAGUGUGUGGUCUUUCUCAGAUGAAGAAUUACACCUCAGUUGAAACUCUGGAAAUCACCCAAAACCUAAUAAACUCUUCAAGACAAUGUCCUAGUGGUCAUGGCCUCAUGGUAGUGUUGAGAAUUCCAUGUACCCCACUGGCUGCAGUGGCAUAUGAACGCCUGUAUAAUGUAAGGGAAAGACUAGCCCUUGAAGAUAACUUUGAAAUAAUCUUGGGAAAUCCUAAUUCUGGAAUCACUAUAGGGAAGCACUUUGUGGAGCAACUAAAGGUCUGGCAGAAAAUUGAAGAUGUAGAUUGGAGGCCACAGACCUAUUUGGAACUGGAAGGUUUGCCCUGUAUAUUAAUAUUUAGUGGUAUGGAUCCACAAGGGGAGUCUUUACCACGAUCACUGAGGUACUGUGACCUACGUUUAAUAAACUCAUCUUCUUUAGUAAGGACAACCUUGGAGCAAGAGCUUGGUUUGGCAGCAUACUUUGUGAGCUCAGAAAUUCACACCGAGAAAGCCGUUGUGAAUGAUGUGUUAGAAAGCGACCCAGAGAAACUAAGCAGCACUGAUAAUGAAGAUGAAGAAAUAGCAACAGAAGGUUCUACUUCAGAAAAGAGAAGUCCUAUGAAAAGAGAAAGAUCUCAUUCUCAUGACUCUGCAUCUUCAUCCCUCUCUUCAAAAGCUUCCAUUACAGCAUUCUGCAGUGAGCCAUCUCCUCCUUUAGUAACAGCAGGAGACAGAGCAAAAUCCCCCCCACCAGUUCUAAGUAACACCACCGAAGAAACUACAAAUAACCAGGAAAAGCAGAAGCAGAAGGUAGACAAGGGGGCACAAACAGCAAUCAGCAAACACUUACCAUCGGGAAAUGAACAACCUGAUACAAAACAAAGCAUAAAAAGUGCCCAAAUUUCCAUCACCUCCUCAUCCUCCUCACCUUUCUCUUCCUCUUCUUCCUCCUCUGCACCUACUCAUAACUCCUUCAUCUUACAGACCUCUCAAUGCUUCAUGACUAAAUCAUCAAAACAGCCUCCCAUAGUUUUCCUGCCCAAACUGGUUUAUGACAUUAUUACCUCUACGGACAGCAGUGGACUUCCGAAAUCAUCUUCCCUUUUGCCUUACCACUCUGUGAUGUGGGCAAGUUCUUUUCGUCCUCUUAUGAGUAAGAUGAUGACUUGCACGGAGCAGUCUCUAUACUACCGCCAAUGGACAGUGCCCAAACCAAUCCAUAUGGACUACAAUAAUAGAAAUGAGGGCAGAAUGGACACCUUUCACCCAAGGAGGCUGCUGCUGAGUGGGCCACCACAGAUAGGGAAAACAGGUGCCUACCUGCAGUUCCUCAGUAUUUUGUCCAGAAUGCUGAUCAGGCUGACAGAAGUGGAUGUUUAUGAUGAGGAAGAAAUCAACAUUAACAUAAAAGAAGAAUCAGAUCAAUGCUACCAUCAGCCUGGAGAUACUUGGCCAGAUUUGGAGACGUUUAAGAAGAUCCCUUUUGACUAUACUAUCCAUGACCCAAAAUAUGAAGAUGCAAGUCUGAUUUGUUCCAAGCUUCAGACUGUAAACAGUGAAGACAGACCCAUUAGCAGAAGGCAGGAGGAUAUGUACACCCACCGUCAAACAACUAGAAUGAGAUUAUCCAAGUAUGCAGCGUAUAACACCUACCAUCACUGUGAACAGUGUCAUCAGUAUAUGGGUUUCAAUCCCAGAUACCAGCUUUAUGAGUCCACUCUGCAUGCAUUUGCCUUUUCCUAUUCCAUGCUGGGAGAAGAGAUCCAGCUUCAUUUUAUCAUUCCAAAGUCAAAGGAGCAUCAUUUUGUCUUUAGCCAACCAGGAAGACAACUGGAAAGCAUGAGGCUGCCACUAGUCACAGAUAAGAGUGAAGAUUUCAUAAAAAGCCCCACUUUUACUCCUACCACUGGGCGUCAUGAACAUGGACUUUUCAAUUUAUAUCACGCAAUGGAUGGAGCCAGUCAUUUGCACGUUUUAGUUGUCAAGGAAUACGAAAUGGCCAUAUAUAAAAAGUACUGGCCCAACCACAUUAUGCUUGUUCUUCCAAGCAUUUUCAACAGUGCAGGAGUAGGUGCAGCACACUUCCUGAUAAAAGAGCUAUCUUACCAUAACUUGGAGCUAGAACGAAAUCGGCAGGAGGAGCUGGGCAUAAAGCCCCAGGAUAUUUGGCCUUUCAUUGUCAUUUCAGAUGACUCCUGUGUUAUGUGGAAUGCAGUAGAAGUUGAUUGUUCAGGAGACAGGAAAAGUGAUUAUACAUGGACUGAAAGGAAUGUUUCCUUGAAGCACAUUCUGCAACGUAUUGAAGCAACUCCUAAUGUCACUCACUAUGCCUUAAUUGGGAUGAGAAAAUGGUCCACUAAAACAAACACUUCUGAGAUCAAGGAACCAUUCUCCUGUUGCCACGUACAUGAUUUCAUUAUGCUAAAUGUUGAUCUGACACAGAAUGUCCAAUACAAUCAGAACAGAUUUACCUGUGAUGAUGUUGACUUCAACUUGCGUGUCCACAGUGCUGACCUUCUCAUUUGUCGGUUCAAUCACUUCAGUGUCAUGAAAAAGCAAAUUGCAGUAGGAGGACAAAGAUCCUUCCACAUUAAGUCCAAGGUAUCUGACAUUCCAGUUUCAAUCUCACCUGCUCAAUACAUUUGUGCUCCUGACAGCAAGCAUACCUUCUUGGCAGCACCUGCUCAGUUACUCCUAGAAAAAUACCUCCAGUAUCACAGCCAUCGCUUCUUCCCUCUCUCGCUGAAGAAUUACAGACAUCCAGUGCUCUCUGUUGACUGUUACCUCAACUUAGGACCGCAGAUUGCAGUUUGCUAUGUGAGUUCACGGCCUCACUCUCUGAAUAUCAGUUCCUCCGGUUUGACAUUCAGUGGUCUCCUGCUAUACCUCUGUGACUCCUUUGUUGUAGCUAGCUUUUUGAAGAAGUUCCAUUUUCUUAAAGGUGCCACCCUGUGUGUUAUUUGUCAAGAUCGGAAUUCUCUUCGCCAGACUGUUGUCCGGCUGGAGCUGGAAGAUGAAUGGCAGUUUCGAUUGAGGGAUGAAUUCCAGACUGCCAAUGCAAAAGAGGACAGACCACUUUUCUUCCUGACUGGACGACAUAUUUAAUAGAGACUAGACACUUUUCCUGAAUAACUAGGGAAAAAAAAAA